AUGGAAACCCAUUGGAAAAAACUAUUAUGGAGUCCUAUACAUAAAGCAAAAGCGAAAAUGGAUUAUCAUAGUAAACAUCCUAUGGACUUAUGUUUUAAUGCUGGUGAAAUCAUCGAAGUUCUUGGCAUUGAGAAUGAAGACUGGUGGAAUGGAAGUAUACCAAACUCAGAAAGGUCUGGAGAUUUUAAAUUUGGCUCUUUUCCAAAAAUAUUUGUAGAAGUUGUAGAACCCACUGGCGAUUCUCAACAACAAAAAAUUAUUGUUUCUUCUAUAAGAAAUAAAAUUAAUUCAAAACCUAGCUUGCCUCCAAGAAGAAAGUCAACUAUAAUUUCAGAUGACAACUCUACCGUUUCUAAUAAUAAUAAAAAAUCCGAUAUUUUCAGUAAACUACCGGAUUUACUGAACAAAUUACCGGAACUAUCUAAUCCCAGUUAUUCACAGAAGAAUAAUUCUUCACGUGGGAGUGUGACCGAAAGACCUGCCACGCCGAUUAAUAUUGAUCAUAAUUAUACUAUAGACUCUUAUGAAGAAUUUGAUGAACUAACGAAUCCUGUCAGUCUAUGUGAACCAGUCGUUACAGAUGAUUUUGAAGGCUUCUUUGAUGCAUCGGUUGUUGAUUUUUCAAUUAUCGAUGAAUAUGCGCGAGAAACUCCAGAAUUAGAAUCAAAAACGAUAAAAGGAUUGUCUCAUUAUCUUACAUCUGUGUGGGACCAUCCUUUAUAUAAAUUACGAGCAAUAUUUGUAUGGAUUACAGACAACAUCUCUUAUGAUUGUGAAUCAUUUUAUUCAGGACGGCGGUCUGCUAAUGGUGCGAAAGAUGUAUUAAAGAAUAGAAUGGCCGUGUGUGCCGGUUAUUCUGAGUUGUUUUAUGAGUUAUCAAAUGCAGCUGGGUUAAAUGUAAUAAAGGUUAAUGGAUGCGCUAAAGGUGCCGGAUAUCAAAUUGGAGAUGAUGUAUCGAGUUAUGGACAUGCAUGGAACGCUAUAUUGUAUGAAGGAGAAUAUUUGUUGAUAGAUAGUACAUGGGGAGCUGGACAUGUUAAUAAUAAACAAUUUAAUAAACAUUUUAACCCAUUUUAUUUCAUGUGUUCUCCUAUGAAAAUGAUAUUUAAUCAUUUACCAACAAACCCUAAACAUCAAUAUUUACAACCAACAAUUUCAUCGGAGGAAUUUUUGAACUUACCUUUUGUUAAGCCUCAAUAUUUUGAAAACGAAAUAAAUUUUACAAGAUGGCCUGGUAGUAUAGCUGAAACAUCGAAAGAUAAAAUAUCUUUGGAAUUUGAACACGCAAUGGUCGAAAAUAAUGUCGGUCAUUAUUCUGCUAAACUGGAUUGGAAUGGACAAAGUACGCUGGCUGUUGUACAAAGGUUAACGCGAUUAAGUCUCAAUGGAGGAAUAUUAUAUAGAAUAUUAUGUAAUAUUCCUAGUAAAGGGGAUGGAAAUCUCUCUUUAUUUUAUUUCCCUCAUGGAUCAAACCAGGGUUCAGCUGUAACAACUUUAAAAGUGAUAAAUUAUGGAACAGGAUCAAAUUACAAACCAUUUGUACUUAUAUACAAUCAACUUUCACUUUCAAUUAUGACGCCAUUAGAACAGACACUUGAAUAUAACAAAAAAGUUAGAUUCGAAGUUAAUGUAUUCGGAGAGCAUCCUACUCCAAAAUUGUUAGUAUGUGAGCAAUCAUUUAAAACAAAAAAGUAUUUAAAAAUAGUUGAUAAAAAUGAUGAUCAAGAUUAUGUUACCUUUGUUGGAGAUGUUAUAAUAAAUGAUAAAGGAAAUUGGAAUUUAGCUUAUGAAGGUAGUAAUAAUUAUUAUAACUAUAUUGCUACAUAUGAAGUCAAAUAA